UGUUCUUCAUGCAAAGCGGCCGACGGACAACCCUCAAAGAGGCUAAAGCAUGAAAAAAACAGUCUAGUAAAAUCAGAACUCAAAGGACUUGCAUGUGGAAGCGAAAACCUUGCUGCGCUGGGGGAAACGCCUAAAACAUCCGAUGAGGAUCGACGUUCAGAAGAUCCAGGAGACUGCAGUGUAAUUCAACAGAAGAAAGGUGAAAGCAUUCCAGAGGCUAACGAAGACAAACAGGAAAAGGAACGUAAUGUUCCUCUCAAGCCACGUGCAGUGAGCUCGAGCAGUGGUCCAUCAGAAAUGGACAGCGCUGAAAAUGUGCGCAGUCAUGCCUGCAGUGAAGAGGAGAGCAGCUGUGAGAGCGUGCUUUCAGAUGGGUCUAGCUCCGAGGACGGAGAUCUCCCAAAGAAGCCGCUCCGACUAGACAGCAGUGCUCUCUUGGACGAAGACAGCAACCAGCCAAUGCCCGUGGACCGGUUCUUUGGGGACGUUGAGUUUAUACAGGAUCUCCCGGCAGUUGCACACCCAAGCACAACGAUGAGCAGGCGAGAAUUCAGAAAGCUACAUUUCAUUGCAAAGGAAGAUGAGGAGGAGGAGGAGGAAGAGGAUGCUGUCUAA